AUGAAUCAAUCAUUAAAAUAACUACGUUUAGUCAAUUAAAAGAUUGAUAAGAGCAAUAUCAACGUGGCCAUGUUAUAAGAGAAUACUUAGAUAAAAGUAGCAGCUGCUAUAGUCAGCCAAAUUGACACACUAAACAUUAAAAUUAUCUUCAUAAUUAUAUCCAGAAACUUUGAGGCAAUGUAGGUUGAGCACAAUUUAGCAUUAUUAAAUACACAUAGAGUCAUAUAAUCAGUUAAUUCAACUCUAUAAGAAUUAGAUUUAAUUGACUCACACAUAGGCGAUUGUAAAAGAAAGUUAAUAAGUUCCAAAAGUUAGGACCAAAAUCCAACUAUACUGAUUCUAAAUUUUACAGCCGUUGUUUAGAUAUUCAUGUAAUGA